AUCAAGAAGAUUAAACAAGGCAAUUACAAAUUAUUGUUCGACCCUCUCCAAAACGAAACUGCUUGCAUUUGAGGAAGCUCAGGAGGAAGAAGAAAAUGCGAAGAUCUAAUUCAUUGCUGCUAUUGUCAGUGGCAAUGACUUGUCUACUGCAAGUCAUUCGUGCUGAUAGCUGUUAUCCGCCGAAAAUUGAGCACGGUUACGCCACAUCAUCCGAGUUUCCAAUAUAUGGUCGAUACAGAAUUGGAAGUGUCGUCUAUUUCCAAUGCAAAAGUGGUUACGAAAUGAAAGGAGACAGAACUAUCAGAUGCAGAUAUGGAAAUUCAUGGGACGGACAAAUUCCAAUAUGUUACGCUAAAAUAUCUGAAAAAUAUUGCCAAAGUCCAAGUAGAUUUUUCGGCGGUGAAUAUCAUCCGGUUAAGCCUCAGUACCAUUACAACGACAAGGUCUAUUACCGAUGUCCUGGGUAUUCCUCAAAGUACAUCUACUCAACAUGUAGUAUGGAGGGUAAAUGGAAACAAGCUUCCAAAUGCUACGAUUAUUGCAAGAAACCACAAAUGAACUACGGAUACUACGAACCAAUGAAACAGUACUAUUAUCAUGGCGAUAGUAUUAAAUAUUCUUGCAAUGAUAAAUAUUAUAAAUAUUAUGAAGGAGAAAAAUAUGAAAUGUCAACUUGUGGUGAAGAUGGCUAUUGGGAUAAAAAGAAACCAAUGUGUAAAAAAUAUUGUGAAGUUCCCGAAUAUAAAAUGUAUCAUCAUCAACCGUACGGACGAUCACGUUAUGAACAUGGCGAGAAGAUGCAAUAUUACUGCGAAGAAGAUUAUUACAAACCUUCUAAAUAUGAUUAUCAUGAAUCAGAAUGCAUGUCCGAUGGAAAAUGGAAUCGAUCUCCAUACAAAUGUGAAAGGCGAUGCACAGCUCCAGAUUACGACGACUAUUACCAUAUGCCAUAUUCUAAAGAAGUUUAUGGGUAUGGAGACAAAAUGAUGUAUUCAUGCAAAGACGGAUACUACAAACCUUCCGAUUAUGAUUAUUCAUAUGCGAUGUGUAAAUCCGAUGGAAAUUGGGACAAGAAGCCUUACAAAUGCAUGAAAUACUGCAGAGCACAUAAAAUGCAAUACGGUAAAUAUCAGCCAAUGAAAGAUAUGUACAAAUAUGGAGAUAAAAUGUAUUACGAAUGUGAUUCCGGAUACGACAUUUAUUACAAAGAAGAAAAAUAUGAAUAUAAUACUUGUAAUAAACAUGGAAUGUGGGAUCGCAUGACUCCGAUGUGUAAAAAAUAUUGCAAGUCACCACAAAUAAGCUAUGGAUCAUACAGUCCUAAGUCCAAAUCCGGAAAAUACAACGUUGGUGACCGUAUGUACUACAGUUGUAAGGACGGGUAUAAACUGUUUUAUGGAGAAGAAUGGUACGAGUACAAUACAUGCCAAAAGGGAGGGAAAUGGCUUUACAAAGAACCAUCAUGCAGAAGUGCUGAAAAAUAUUGUGAUUUACCUCAUAUGCCACAUGGAAGUUAUUCUCCACAGAAGAGCAGAUAUUCAUACAAUGAUAAAGUAUAUUACCAAUGUAAAGAUGGAUACAAGCUUCACUAUGAUUCAGACUGGUUUGAAUACAGCACUUGCAUGAAAAAUGGAAAAUGGGAUUUUAGAGCUCCAAGUUGUAUGGACAAGAAAAUGUACUACUGCAAGCAGCCGUACAUCAACCAUGGAUCUUAUUCACCUAUGAAGAAAAUGUAUAGCAAAGGAGAUCGCAUUUACUACAGUUGCAAAGAUGGAUACAAGAAAUAUUACGAUGAAGACUGGUUUGAAUACAGCACAUGCAAUGAAGAUGGAAACUGGGAUUACAACCCACCUAAAUGCAAGGCAGUACAUGAGAAAUAUUGUUAUCACGAGGAAUACAUGCAUGGAGAUUAUCAUCCAAAGAUGAAGAGAUACAGUGUUGGAGAUCGUAUUUAUUACGACUGUCACAAAGGAUACAGAAUGAAAUAUGACGAAGACUGGUAUGAAUAUAGAACUUGUGGAAAAGAUGGACGUUGGGAUUACAAAUCACCAAGAUGUAUGAAAGUACACAGUUACACACGAUACUGCCACGCGCCAUAUUUCAUGCAUGGAAAUCUGCGUCCAAUGAAGAAUGCUUACAGUCACGGAGAGAAAGUAUACUACUCUUGUAAAGAUGGAUACAUGACAUAUUACAAAAACAAAGAAUACAAAUACAGCACUUGUAAUUAUGAUGGAACUUGGGACAAUCCGGCACCAAUGUGCAAAUCUAUGUAUAAAGACUACUGUUACGCUCCCCAAAUGAAACAUGGAUCUUAUUAUCCCACAAUGAAAAUGUACAACUCUGGAGACAGGUUGAGAUAUAAAUGUGAUUAUGGAUACAACAUAUAUUAUGAAAACGAGAGAUAUGAAUAUACCACUUGUAUGCGAGAUGGAAAUUGGGACAGAAAACACCCAAUGUGUAAAAGCAACAAAAUGUAUUAUUGCGACAAACCAAUGAUACAAUACGGUAUGUAUAAACCAAUGAAAAGAAUGUACAAUCCCGGUGAUAGAAUGUAUUAUUCAUGUAAACAAGGAUAUCAACUCAAAUAUGGAAAAGAUUGGUUUGAAUACAACACAUGUAACGAUGAUGGAAAAUGGAGAUACAAAGCACCAGAUUGCAUGAAGACACAAAAAAAAUCUUGUGACUCUCCUAAGAUCAAACAUGGUGAAUACAAUCCCAUCAAACAUUAUUAUUCAUACGGAGAUAAAGUUUAUUACAAAUGUCACAGAGGGUACAAACUAUAUUAUGACAAUGAUUGGUUUGAAUACAGCACUUGUAAGGAAGGGGGAUAUUGGUAUCCAAAAGAACCAAUGUGUAAAGAAGAAAAGAUGAAAUAUUGCUACCCACCCGAUUAUCACCACGGAUCGUAUUAUCCAAAAAUGCGAAUGUAUAGUCACGGUGAAAGAAUGUAUUACAAAUGUGACUACGGAUAUAAAAUGUAUUAUCAUGACGAAGAAUACGAAUAUAACACUUGUAUGGAUGGAAAAUGGAAGAAAAAAGCACCAAAGUGCAUGGACAUGAGAAAAAAAUAUUGCCAGAUGCCAUAUAUCAUGCAUGGUUCAUACCAACCAAUGAGAAAAAUGUUCAGUUAUGGAGACAGAGUCUGGUAUUCAUGCAAAAGUGGUUACUACAUGCAAUAUGAUGGAGAUAGAUAUGAAUAUAGUUCAUGCAUGUCGAAUGGAAAUUGGGAUAAAAAAGCUCCAAAAUGCAUGAAACGCGAUAUGAAAUACUGCAUGGCUCCUUAUAUGAAACACGGUGAAUAUUAUCCCAUGAAAUCACGAUACAACGUUGGUGACAAGUUGUAUUACAACUGCAAGUCUGGUUAUGGUAUGAGAUAUCAUGGAAGUAAUUAUCAAUAUUCCACCUGCAAAUCUGAUGGAAAUUGGGAUAACAAACAUCCGAUGUGUAUGGAUAUGAAGAAAAAAUACUGUUCUGCUCCGAAGGUUGAUCAUGCUGACUAUUCUCCAAUGAAAGCUUAUUACAAGUACGCUGAUCGGGUCUAUAUAUCUUGUCACUAUGGAUAUUACAGAUCAUAUUCAGGUUAUCAAAUGGAAUAUAGCUCAUGUAAAGAAAAUGGAAAAUGGGAUGUUAUUCCAACCUGCAAAACUAUGGCAAAAAAAUAUUGCAAAGCACCCGAACGUUCACACUAUCAUCAUAAAUCAUAUGCAAAGAAACAAUAUAUGGAAGGAGAAUGGAUCAAAUAUGAAUGUGAUCACGGAUAUUAUCGACCUUCUAAUAUGAAAUACAAUUAUGCCAUAUGUAAGAAAGAUGGAACAUGGACUGCUUCACCUUACAAGUGCAAUAGAUAUUGUAUGUCGAAUGAUAUGCGGUACGGAUCUUAUGAGCCCAUGAAGAAAUACUACGAACAUGGAGAAAGAGUUUCAUAUAAAUGUUAUACUGGAUAUUACAUGAAAUAUCAGAAGCAAAGAUAUCAGUACAGAACAUGUCAGAAUGACGGAGAGUGGGAUUAUUCUGCCCCGAUGUGCAUGAGUGGAUAACCGUUACUAGAUACGUUAAAGACACUCAAGAUUGGAGAUAACACAACUUUACAAUGCUUUGUAAUUAAUUUGAUGACAUUAUUGCAAUGUAUAGCAUAACGUGAUAAUGUUAAUUGUAAGCAAUAAACAAAUUUUCAGCA